ACUCGGAGCAGUGCGAGACGCAGAGACAGACGCACACGUUCUCUCUCUCUCCCUCUCUCUUUCAUGCACACACACAUGCUCAUGCACGCAGACGGCAACCGUCCUCUAUUGGACUGACACAACACACACGCCGGGAUAGACACACUCCCCUUGCUACAGUGGAGAAGAGGAUAAGAAGUGACAUAUUAGGAAAAAAAAGAAAUACAGAAAAAAGAGGAGGUUCACAGGUGAAGAGGAGGAUCGUGCUGACGUUUCGUCCUGUCCAAGAUGGCAAACCUUGUGACAUCGUUGUGCUGUGUAGUUCUGGCCGCGGUGGUGGUAGCCUACGCUCAGAGACGCAGUCAGCUUGUUGCUAGGAACCAGUAUGAGCGAAUGGGCAGUGAUGUUACCAUGCAGUGCGGCUCCCUGGACAGUGACGCAUCAGUGUCAUGGAAGGUGAACGGGACAGAUGUGAAGGCCCAGCACCGUCUAGAAGGUCCCAAACUGAUCCUGACCCAAGUGAACUUAGGCCACAACGGACUCUACAGCUGCUUUCAGAACCCACACGGAGAGAGGCGUGACACCAUCCUCCUCCACAUUGGCACUUCUCCUCGGGAGCCCACAGUCACCUGUCGAUCCAACACCUACCCUAAGGGCUUCUACUGCAGCUGGCACCUGCCGCAACCAACGUACAUCCCCACCACCUUUGAAGUGGACGUACAACAUAACCAGCGUUCACUGGAGGUGCAGAAAGAUUCUGUCCACAAGAAUCGCUGUCAUGUACGGUUUCCUGAGGUCUUCUCCAGCUUCCCUUACAAAGUUAAUGUGACAGCAGUCAAUGCCUUGGGGAAAGCCUUCACCACCAUCUCCUUUGAGGAGUCCAGUAUAGUCAAACCAGACCCCCCAGAGCGCGUGACGGCGACCCCGAUCCGUUUCAACCCUCGGAGGCUGGAGGUAUCCUGGCACAGCCCUGCCACCUGGCCUGACAUCGACAACUUCCCCCUGAAAUACUUCCUUCGGUACCGACCACUCAUCCGAGAUCAGUGGCAGCAUGUGGAACUUUCUGACAGCACUUCCCACACCAUCACUGACGCCUAUGCUGGGAAGGAAUACAUCAUCCAGGUGGCUGCCAAGGACACAGAGAUUGGAACAUGGAGUGACUGGAGCGUUGCUGUCCAUGCCACACCCUGGAUUGAAGAUCCUCUGCCCAUCACUUCCACAACUGAAGGAGAUUUUCCUACUGAGACCAAGACCUCCCCCAUACCGUCUUCCAACGCACCACAAAAAGCUGAACCUCCAGUGGGCAGAGCUGCCAGGCUCCUCACAUUUUUCUCCCCAUUGCUGUUAGGAAUGCUGCUGCUGUUCAUGUGAUUUAAAUGUCUUAUUCCUGAAGGGAGACGAGGAGGAAGAGGAGGAGGAGGCUUGUCUUUUUUCUAUUUUGCACAUGUUUCAAGGAUACAGUGCAUUGAUCAUUUCUUUCCAUCACACAGUCACUCACCAAGGUUACUUAGACAUGAAAUCAGACGAUGAUAAUGCGAUUCAGCAUUUUUUGAUCCAAUGGUGACAAAGAAACUCUUCAAAGGAACUUCUGAAAGCGGUAUAAUCAUCAACAUCAUCAUCAUCACCACCAACAGCAGCAACAGCAACAGGAGCAGCAACAACCACAACGACAGCAGUGAUAUCAGCACCAAUAGUCUUAUAUUACCCCCUGGUGGCUUUGAUGGGCCACAGCAGACUGAUCUGUUUUGGAAGACGACCGUUUAGUUUGGGAAUCUCCUCUUCAGAGCAAGAAAAUCAACUCCUACUAUGAGAAAAAAACCUCUUCAUUACCUUUUUGUUCUUUUUUUAUUGAUCGGUUGAUAGUCUUCAUUUUAACUUUCUUCUAAAAUCUCAGCACCGUACAGACAAACACACACACACACACAUAUAAGGCAUGUGUGUUUGUGUGUAUGGUAACCUCGUAGUCCCCAUACAGCUGAAUCAUCAUGCCAAAGACUCAACUCCACCCUCGACAAAAUGGUUCCCAAACUACUCACUGAGCUUCCUGAAGCCUGUGCCUGCCUUCGUCAGGGGUUGACAACCCCAGAAAGUUGUGUAUGUGUGUGUGUGUGUCGUACACAACACCUUACCGAUGCCGACUUUAACGGUAUGGGAGUCAAACUUGGGAGGAAUCUGAGGAAGCCUGCAGCUCCUGUUUGUGUAAACAUACCAUGUAAACGAAGAAGCCACAAAAAUACUCAAUCAGACUGAAUCUGUUCGCCUCCAACGACUGAAUCAAAAUGACGGGAGUGAGUCGUUUUUCGAUACGAGGACUAACACUUUGAAGAGUUCAGUAACGGUAGUCUGGCUUAUUUAGACAAUUAGCUUUACGUUCUGCUUUCAGCGAAAGGCAAGGAGGACCUGGAUUGUAAAAACAAAAUCAAAAAACAAAACAAAAAAAUAAAAUAAAAUCAAGUGGAUUUGCGACUGAGCAAUUCUUUGCCCACUCAUUUCUGGUUUUUGGUUCGACUUUGUAAUGACGGCGACAAAGUUGGUUAUUCAAACAUUAAUACGAGCUAUGUUGGUUUUCCAUUCUGCUCUGUGCUGUAAAAUACAAUAACACAAAACUGCUUUCCAAAUUCUGACGCCUUUACAAACAUUAAAAAAAAAAAAGUAUUUUUGCAGUUUACAUUUCAGUAGCCAAUAUCACCAGUUAAUAUUAUGUUAUUCAAAGGAAUAUUGAUGUGUUCUAUUGUAUUUUUUUUUUAUUUUAUGGACAAAUAAUAAAAACACACAUGUAGGACUUUA